UCCCGACUGAUCGAUUUAAACAGUCGCUGGUGAACAGGUGAUCAGUUCGCACCGAAUUAAUAAGGACAUCGGAUCUAGGCGUAGUGUAGUUUUAGUGUAAUGAAGCUGUGGAUAGCUCUUCUGGCCCUUGUGGCCAUAGUGCAUUCCGUACCGGUGAAAAACUUCUUCUAUGGAGCCGGUACCGAAGAGUAUGUCUAUCGCUAUCUGCUCAAUGUGAGGACCGGUGUGCUGGAAACUGAAAAAGGCUCCAUGUACGAAGUCAUGGCUGAUGUUCAUAUUCGACCAGAUUCAUCUGGAAAUGGCACUUUUGUGUACCUUGUUGACCCGAUGGUGUACGUUUACACUGGACCGCUGGUCAUGAAGGGGUUAGUUCAUGGCAUGGAACCAGUCGAACAAAUCUACGUGCCUAUUGCAAAGCAAGCGGAACUAAUCAAGCUACCGUUCUAUGUUACGUACGAUAAGUACGGAAUGGUUCACGAGGUAUUUACCGUUCCAGAAGAUACCCAAUGGAGUAUAAAUAUCAAAAAGGGAAUCGCGUCCGCCCUGCAACUUCCUGUUGACAAGAUACCGGUAAAAAAAUUCGUCAAGCCCGUUGUAUUUUCUGUCGUUGAAGAAAGUGUCUACGGAACGGUGAAUGUGACUUACGAUGUUGAGAUGGUUCAUGAUGAAAUUGUGGUUACCAAGACUCCCGAUUACACCACCUUCGAACACAUGCCGUAUGAUGUCUACAGCAAUGUAGAGGUCGAGAAAGUGUACAAACACUACGCUGUCUGGAAUGCGACUUAUCCGGAAGUCAAGUACGUGAUAGUUAACGACAAAGAUGGAGUCAAGGCGAAGGAAGUACAUACUGACAGCAUUAAAACCGUCCAGCCGUCCGUUUCCGAUGGACAGAUGCAAUAUGUCGCCACAAAACAGAGUUUUUUGUUAAUUAAAACCGUUGUACCUUCAACGCCUUUGGAGUUUUCCAAAUUCGUGACUUACAAUCCACUCUAUUACGUUCCGUCCAAGCAAACCUUCGAAACCUACUUCCCGUGCUUAUCGAUAGUACCUCACGUAAUCGACAUGACCGUAGUUGGCCCAAAGGCGCAAGCCAUGCUUUUCGAAGCCGUCGAAUAUCUACACGAAAACCCUAUCACGAACGUCGAAACCGACACAAAGCACGGUUUGACAAUCACCCGCAUCGUUGAACUCUUCAAGCCAUUUACCGUGGAAAACUUUGAACAAUUCUACACCAUGAUCACCAAGACCACCACCCCGAAGGAUGUUGUUGCCGUCGAUGUAUUCUACAAAAUCUUGCCCCUCGUUGGCACCAAGAACUCGGUGAUCUUCAUCAAGAAUCUUGUAAAAAGCCACAAAGUUAAGGACUUUGUCUCCACUACUAUGCUCUUCUCGCUGGGAUUGAACGUACGGGUCCCUACCGUUGAACUGCUGCAGGAGGUCGAAGAGUUCUAUCACUUUGAAGAUGAAGUGAAACCUGAGGUCGCUCAUGCCGCCGUCCUCACAUUCGGUUCCCUCGUCUACAAGACCUUCAAGCACGAUACACAUUCAUCCAUUUUACAACAAUACGUCAAAGUAUUCUAUAAGAAGUUAAAGGAAGCUAAGACCUUCGAAGAACAGCUGGUGUGGCUCCAUGGCCUGAAGAACAUUGAAGUAGGAACGAUUUUCGAACUGAUUGCCCCCAUUGUUAAGGGCGAACAAGUUCUGGAUCUGCCAUAUGACCGUCACCUUAGACUUCAUGCUAUCUACGCACUGGAAAAGAUUCUCCACUACGACUACGAUUUGCUUUUCGAGGUAGUCUACCCCGUAUUCGUUGAUGAAACCCUAUUCACCGAACUUCGAGUCGCUGCUCUGAAGGUUCUGCUGUCUACAGAAGAGGUCAAAUACUUUGCCAAGAUUGCAACCGUAAUGCGAACGGAAAAGAAUCCUCAAGUCUACUCAUUCUUUGUUACCACUGUGGAGCACAUGGCAGAAUCUUGCGUCCACACUGAUACUGACUUCCGGCAAUACGUUAAGCAGAUGGUCAAGAUCUUCAAACAUGUCGAUCCGUCCGUUGAAACUAAAGCUUUCUACUACGAUUACGUUGACAAGAAGCAUUUCUUCGGUGCUUCGAUCUAUGGCAACCUGGUGGCUGAUGAUAAGCAUAACAAGGUCAACCAGUUCUUCAUCAACUUCAGCCCUUACGUGAUGGAUCGCCACGUUGAUCUCUACUCCGUGUUUGUCAAAUUUGAAGGAGUUCAGAACCCCCUAACCAUGCUGUUGCCCAAACUGUACAACAUCGAACCCAAAACGGUAAAGGAACCAAUUAUCAAGAACCACGAAAAGGAACCAGUGCAUGUAGAGUUCACUUUGAUGGCCAAUGGAAAGGUUGUCUACACUAAAUUCUUCGACGAAGAAACAAUCAAACAUUUCUACAGCUACACCUACCUGAGCAUCCUUACGACGAUGAAAUACCAAUUCACUACCGUACUGAACCUUGCCGACGUGGAAGUGUUCUCACCAACUAUGGACGGAAUUCAAACUAAAUCAGAUGUUGAAUUGCCUCUGGUGUCGCAGUUCAAAUACGAUGUCGUGGUACCAACCACCAAGAGUGCUAACGAAAUGACUUUCUCGGUUCACAGCUACUUCCGCAUUUGGAUGCACGGUUUCUACGGAAUCUCAGUCUAUAAUCCAUUUGCCUUGACUUGGCAGGGAACUCGUCGAGUGCAUGCAUUUGAUUUCAGUGUGCCAUUCAACUUCGACGUAGUCUUCAACUUCCAGCAGAACUCAUUCAAGAUCAUCUGGACCAAGAGCACCAACGAAGUUCAAAAUGUUGUCGGAUUCAAGACUCACGUCAAGACCCAGGUCUACGCCAAGUCAGACACUGAAGUGGAUUUCAUGAAGGGUACCUGCCCAGAGUGCAAACACUUCCUGACAACGGUCGUUGCUCCGAUUUACAAGAAGAAGGAUGUUGUCCUGCAUGAAAUCCACUCUAAGUACACCGGACUUCACUUCUACCUGUCCGUUUAUGACGUUGAGGUACUGCCUCACGUCAAGCACUUCAAAUCCCUUUCGGAUGUGUUCGUGAGUGAUGUGUUCUACGAAAUUCCCGAAAUGUCAUUCUUCAAGUUCAUGAUGACCUACUAUACCUGGUUCUACACCCACUUCUUCCCACCGCAAUACUCGACCUACGGAGUUGUUGGCUACAUAAAUCCAUGCAAAGUGUAUCCUUUCAAUAAGUUGGAGUUGUCCUUUAAGGUCAACACCGAAGACGUUCCACAUGAAUUCUGGACUACUCCAAACUACCAUCAGUAUGUGAAAAUGUCAGCUGUGUUCAAGGAUGAUCACGAUGUCGAAGUUAACCACUGGGAUAUGAAUGUUCACUUUACGCAUGAGUAUGGACUGUACUUCAAGAAGUUCAAUGUGCAAGUUACUCGUAAGACUCCUGGAGAGAAAAAUAUGAACGUCUGCUUUGAUUACGUUAAGGAUGUUGAAACUGAACUAGUUAAGGGUAAGAUGACCUACUACCAUGGUUAUUCGUACGAUCACAAAUGCAUCAAGGACGACAUGGUGGUCUCGGUUGACUGGACGGGAACCUACUCGGAAUCGCAGAAGAACUUCACUAAAAGCCCAGUUUACUCGUACAAAGAAUGCGUAAAACAUUACGGAGUGUUAAAAACACCAACUGUUCAAAUCGAGCCAAUUCCAAUGACCUAUGAGUGCGCUGAAGCACAUACCACUGUUCGGAAGUACGUGUACAACGUAGACUACCAGCAUGUGCUGCCAGUUUACCUGGACGUAUUCAAACCAGUCUGGUUCUGGGUGCAGCAGGUGUUCCCUGUGUAUUACGAUGUUGAUGCCCAUCACCAUGUUCCAGAUGGUGGCUUUGUUGUCGACGUAGAAUACCCAUUGUGGUGGGUUGAGCACCCCACGGUCGAUGUAACCGUCACUACACCAGCGGAAAGCUUCGUAUUUGAAUAUGUCCCGUACUACGAGUGGUUCUGGAUGUUCCAACCGGACAGUGUCAUUUUCACCAAGUACUUUGACAUCAUGAAAACCACCGGAUACACCACCGAAUGCGUCAUCAACCCUAUGUUCAACUACACUGGCUAUCACUACGAUGUCAGCAAGAUGCCGAUCAUCAACGAAUGGACUCUGUAUGCUGCCGAUCAUCCCACGACCUACAGUUGGGCUGUCUACGUACAGAAAUCGGAGAAGAGCUCUGUUGCCCUGAAAUUCGUUCUGAACGGUCACGUCGUUGUGGUCCAACCUGUGAUUGACAAGAAGUUUGAGAAAACCGGAGUCAUGAAGUACACUUUCACCGUUGACAGCGACAUCAUGGAGGUCAUGAAACACGGAAUUGUCCCCGGAGUGUAUCCAUUCAAGUACUUCCAGGUUGACAACACGGUCGUAUUUGUGGUUCCGAACGUGUCGUUGUACGUUGUUUACGAUGGACACCAGGUAAUCGUUGAAACCAUCAAGAGCGAUAAGGUACAGUACUACGGUCAGUGCUAUGUCUAAUAU